UUUCAUUCACUCAUCGAGUGUCGUAAAAAUGUCGUGAUAUUUAUUAUUUCUUGUCAAAAUCAUGCACGGCAAAAAAUUCGAUAAAAGAAAGUGGAUGUUAAUAGUUUUAAUUGACAGAAAUUUGUGCAAUGUUUUGCACCUGUUAAUGUAGAAAGUGUUCUUGAUGAUCGUGCGAAUUUAUAUUUAAAAUAAACAUUUCUCUAGAAUCGGGAAAGAUAUGAAAUGUAUACUAUUGUUGUGAUCCCGAGUGUAAAGUUGCUGUUUUGAUUGUGUUUCUUUUAGUUUUGAGUUCGAGGUGUAAUCUAGUCUUGUAAUUUGUGGAAGGGCAGGUGGGAAGUAGGUCGAAUUAGACGAGGUGGCGUAAACAAAGUGAGCCGGUGCAUCGUAUGUUCUAGAUUUAAAUGGCACGAUUAGGUUUGCUUGAGGGUCACUAAGGACGAUGGAGAGGUUGUCUCAUGACCUGAACCUGGCUUUGGAGGAGAGUAACUGUGGUCGGCAGGAGCGGAGGAAGCUCGGCCUCCGUCGACGGACCAGAUCCGCCGGAAACCUACCAGCCGCAGUGACUGUAAGCCUAGUUGAAGAUGGCAGCUCCAGCAGUCCACCACAAGCCCCGCUCAUCACCCAGCCACUGUCAGACUCUGAUGACCCUCACCUCAGCUUACACAAGUCCAGCCUUAAGUCUCGACAUUACUGUCAGAUUGGCAACUUUGAGUCAGACUCGUUCAAUGAAAACUUCUCUCCCACAAGGCCGGCUAAUGCUAGGAGGAAAAGGAAGUAUAAGAAAAUGCCAGUGGAGUACACGGAUGGCAAGAGGACACCGCCUAUUGAGAUUUUGAGUGUUACUACUGAGCCCAAUGCAUUGCCUGCCACAAUAAUCCUUCAGAGCCAAGUGCUGUCCCCGGCUAUACAUGUAAAUAAACACAAGACAAUCACAAAACCUGACAGCUGUUUUUUCAGAAAUGCGUUCUGUGGCAAAAGGAAAUGGUCUCACCGGGACAAGGGCGAUGUUUGUGAAAUGAGAGAGAGGUCCUUCAGUGGGGGUUGCUCAUCGAAAUCAGCAUAUUUCUCUAAAAACGACUUUAAAUCAAGGAAAUACGACACAGACCUACCUAAAAAGGAACCGGUGCUACAGCCAGGCAAAAUUGUACUUAAAUCUCAGAACGCAGAAGGCACAAAAUCGACUGUACCUACAAACACGCCCUCAUUACCAGGAAGUUCGAGUUUCAACUUUGUUUAUAAAAAUACUUCUAAAAACGGCACGCCUACGCUGUCGAAGUUGACGGGCUACAAAAUAACAACAGACCUCCCGCCCUUCUUUAACCCCACCACGAGUACAGGAAAGAACAGUUUCGACGGAAAAUAUCACAGAAAGUUUAAAAUGUUGAACAAGACACACCCUCCUUCGCUAAGAAAUCCUUUAUUGUUUGACGACUCUAACAGCGGGAUGGAUUGCGCAGGAAACGAAUCAAGCUCUUUGAGCAGUAGUGAUUCUGAUGGAGUUGUGACAAAUGAUAGUGACAGAGAAGGAGAUGACGAACUCACAGACUGGCCUGGUAUUGAAGAGCUGAAAGUAUUCAAUAAAAGCCUCACGUUUAAAUCAUCGAAAUCAGUGAAUAACAAUUCUCCUAAAUCUGCCAGUAACAUGCCACCGCCGAAACGUUUGAAAAAAGAAAAGUUGCUUGUGAAAGGUGGAUGGGCUAGUUGCAAAAACAGGUUCAAGAAGAAACGGGCUAAAGUGGACUCAGGGAACGAUGACGACGCUAUGAUGUCCGACUCUAAAACCGUGGUCGAUUUAGAAGACGAGGCUGUCUCUAAAGACAGCAGAGACAUCCUGCAGCCGCAUUCGUCCUUCAGCAGUUUCAGUGAUAUAAAAAACGCGGGUGUUUCUGGACAAAACGCGAAUGAGUCGUUUUUUCAGUCCUUUCAGGCCUUUCAAGAGAAAUCGGGGAAACAGGAUGAAUCGUUCAACCAGACGCCACGCACGAAUUUUUCUCUACAGAAAACAUCGUCGAGUGACUUGAAUUUGAGUGAAAAGUCUCCGCAGAGCGACCAUUAUUAUAGUGAACAUUCUAUGGGGAAUGCUGUUGUGACGGAAGUGAGGGAAAUACGAGCUGGCUGUCGCAGGAUAAGGGACGAAAGGCCGGGGUUUUUGAUCCUGAGUGCUGCUAAUGAACAGCUUUCGAAGUUCCUCCAAGACUCUUGUCAGACUGAACUCAAGCUGCCAAGCCUCAAUGAUCCUGAGGAAAAGGAGAAAUUGGAGUCGCUGGCUAAGCUGUACUCCUUGGAACUCCAAGUGGAAAUGGGCCGACCGGUUCUGAGGAAAACCAGCAACACAAUGCAAGCUAUUCGCGUCGAACAUUCCUACCACAACUUCCCGUCUGACCACAAGCGUCGUUGCUAUGGCGACGACACCGACACCAGCCUGUCUCUGAGCGACCAGAACUCCGUAAACUCCAUCAAUGACCUUGAAGACAUCCAGGACACUCCGCAAAGACUCGACAUGACUCCACUAGACUUGGUAGAUACAUUCUCACAUACUUUAGUCGAUAAGUCACUUUUACACCCCGGCGAGAUUGAUUGAACUCGUUGAAAAUUACAGUUGAUAUUGAAUUGACUAUUAUGCGAAUUACGAUUUACGUUAUAACUUUACGUUUUCAUAAUUUAAUCGCGAAAGUUUAUUAGAAUUACCCCUUUUUAACAUCGAAUAUUGCGUAAAGUAAACUUCAACUACCGCGUUAUCUAUACGUUAGAAAAUACUAGCGCGACUAAACGGUUAAUUCGAUAUAGAGGUCUGUAAUUAGUAUGUUGUUCUCACUAAAUGAAAAAGGUAACAGAAUACCUAAGAGAUUUGACAUACAAAUUCAAGAGAUAUAACGUUGAGCGUGUUAAAAAAAUACUAUUUAUAACUGUUUCUUAUAUUUUUAACGACUGUUUAUUUAAGGCUGUUUCUUUAACUUGCGUCAAUGUCAGCGUAAAGAAAGGACAUAGUAGAGAAAGGUUUAAUUUGUUUAUGAUCAAUGCCGAAAAGUUUAUUAAAGGCUAAUUAUUUUUGAGCCUCGAAAACAAUAACAAAAUAUCAAAAGUUGUUUAGACACAGGCGCGCAACCUUAUGGCUUUCAGUUUGUUUUUGUUUUACGAAGAAUAAAAGGUCUUUUGAAACAUCAAGAAGCCAUAUUGUAGCCAACUUUUCACAAUACAACGCAAGAGGUUUAUGUAAGUCACGUGUAUCUUAAGGAAAGUUCUGGAAAAAUCUCUCAUUUUGAAUAGAAGUCACGUGAACUCAUUUGCGAAAUCCGAAAAUCACGUGAUUCCGUCCUGAGACGCGCAAGUGAAAGGAAAAAUGUUUCUUUAACUUUAGCGUUUAGAGUAUAUUUUUUCUCUUUAAAAUAUUAUGUUGCGACAUAUCUAUCUUAUUUGCUCAUUCCUUUUGUCUAUAAUUAAGUUUUACGGUUUUAAUGUCUCCUUUGAUUUGUAAUCUUGUCGGUACUUCCGAAUUUUAGUUUUAAAUUUUAGUUUAGGGACCAGCGCUAUGUAUUGUUGGCGUUUAUUUUUAAAGAUAACCAUCAGUCAAAAGUUCUAGUUAAAAUGCGUGAAUUCUUAAAUAGUUUUAAGUGACAUUGGAUGAAUCGGCAACUUAAUACUAAAACAUGAUGUAUCAUAUAUAUAUUUUUCCACAAAGUUAGUUUAGGUAAACAAUGCACACAGGGGUGUUAGGAUUGGAUCGAUCCAUACUUCGAGGGACACCCCAGGGACAUCUCUUACUUUAUUUUGUAUGUAUUUCUGUAUAUUUUGGUAUGACAAAAUUUGCCAUGAUAUAGCAAGAGUAUGACUUGAAACUGAGGCAGUUUGGUAAAUCUUGCCUAAAAUCUAGGAUAGGCCUGGAUUUGCCCCAAUUAGGCUUUAGCCUAUGUGAUCUGUUAGAACUAAAUAAUAUUUAAUUAGCAUUUAUAUGUUUAUAAAAGAUAUUCAAUAUUCAUUCAUAAAAUAAAUAUUUAAUAAUUUUAGUUAAAUCCAUGGACACUUUACGUAUUGUUUUUCUUAGGAAUAGUAUGUGUUUCGUAGGAACUUAAAGCCUAGUAAGCUUAAUUACCCCACAAAUACUUAUUAAGUGCAUUUGAACGUAAAAUCAUUUUAUGUAAUAUUUGCGGAUAUGUUUUUUUAAUGUAAGUCAUUUUGUUAAGGAUUGUAAUAAAUUUAUAGAUGGACAAUUUAUUUUUCAAAAUUCCCCGCUGGCACGGGUAGUCAGCUCUUAUGAGUACAAAUUGACUCUAGAGCAAUUUCGAGUAAUAGUCUAUUUUAUGAUAAUGAUUAGCACAUUAUGGCGUGUUUUCAAUGGUGUAGUCCAGUAGGUACACCAUUUCCAAAUUAUAUCCAAUUUGCUUGGUAAAGUAAUUAUCCUUUGCCGGUCUUGGAGUCCCACCAGUGGGAAUACGGCCUUAAUUUAUUUUGAAAUUUAAAAAUUGGAUUUCUUUGCGCUUUUUGGUCAUCCGAUUUGUAUUUAUAGUGUUUAUAUUACACGUUACUUGUGUCCUAGAUUUUAUUAUGAUACGUUGAUUUCAUUCGAGUCUAUGUAUCGUUACAAAAUAUAUGAUGGUCAUAAUUUGAUUUGUUUUGUUAAAAUGUACUGUAUGUAUA